AUGAAAAAUUUGAGGCAAAAAAUAUGGCAUCUUUUGGUUUUAUUUGAUAUUAUAGAAGCAUAUUCCUUUGGUUCUCCUUUGAAUACAAAUAGACUUUAUUUCAAUACAAGGCUUAUUCUUCCUGAUGAGAUUGAUGGUAACAACUCAAAUGAUUACACUUUGGAGCGGUCAGUGGUAAGUAUUAUUAUAAACCUGCUGAAUAACAUGGAUCCUUUAAUUGAUAUUCUUAAUAUGAUUUUAGAUAUCAAAGGACAAACUAAAAUUUCAAGCUUGGUACUAUCAAUAAAUAAAGUGGAAAUAAGAAUAGCAAAGAGUUUAGGUUUUUUAAAAGACAUAUUGAUUCCAAUACCAAAAAGUAUAUCAGCACUGGAGAUACACGAUCGGAUACAUAAGAUGAAAGCCUUAAUGUCAAUUAAGAUCUACUUAUCAUCAAUAUACCAACACUUAGCGGUACACUUUGAGCAUACGAAUAAUGUGAGGUUAGCAUUGUUUUAUAGAAAAAAAAUACAAUGUAUUAGUAUUGGUGAAAUAAUGCCAGUCUUAUUACCACUUACAGAAGAUAUGAGGAAUUAUUUUGGACGUAUUGGGGUUUUAACAAUAACUUCGUUUUUCAUUCAAUCAAUUUAUAGAAUGAGCUUGCUAAAUAUCGAGAUACUAAUUCGCUUAAGAUAUCAUUUUUACUAUUUCACUGACAUUUAUUCCAAUAGGCAAGAUGGGUCAUGCAUUUACUCUUAUUUAACAAAGCCAUUGAAAAUUAGAACGAUCCAUGGAUAUUUUUAUAUCUUGUAUAUCAAGAUUGUGCAAGGAAUAUGA